AUGGGGCGCGAUUCGCCGAGGCCCUCUUCCUCUAAGAGGGCCUCGCAGAAUCUUGAAACUCCACCUCGAACUUCCUCAGCUUUAAAACAUCGGGCGUCUGGGGUGAAGUCGAACACCAGAGGAGGGCCACUGGAAUCCAAUGGCGAGGGAAGUGACAGCGUGGACGGCAGUCGCCGGGGAGGGUCCUUGGGGAGAGGGGAUACGACUGGUGAACCCAAGAAGCUGGCCUCUUCUGUGGAUGGUGACGGAGAUGCUGUGUCUCCGACGGACAAUCCAGCUGAGCCGAAGAAGCGGGUGGUGCGCCUCACGCUGACGGAGGCAGCCGAGGAAAUCAAGAGGUUACGGCAUUUUGAGCGAAGGAUGAAUGUCGAGAUUAAACAAUAUGAGGAAGAUGCUAAGAACUACAAGGAGCAGAUUAGCCGUCUCAAACAGCAGGUUGUGGACAACGAACGCGCUCACCAGGAGGAAAUGGCUGCCCGAACGAGCGCGUAUGAGAGCGAAAUAAAGAGACUCAAAACGCAGCUGCAGAACACCUCCGACGAACUGCAUCUGCUGCAAGAAACUUCUUUGCCCCUCGCCGAGGCGAGAAAGUUGACAUUUAAAGCACUGCCUCUGUACAAACUGCUUGAGAAUGCAGUUGGCACCGACCAUGCUGUUUUCCGUGCAACUCAUGGUUUCGCAUGCGGUGUUCAGUCGUACACUGACAGCCAUCUAAGGCUGCUCAGGCAAGAGCAGCUUAUACUUUUGGCUGAGAAUGAGAGGCUUCAGGCACAGAUCCAGGAGAUGCAACACGAAACCGAGAAUAAGCGUCGAGAUCGUCUGCUGCAACAAGAAGCAAUUGUUGCCGGCAAACUUGAUGGAAAUCUGCCUUCUCAGGAGUCAUAUGAACGGCCCAUCGAAAGUGGUGCUAGCCGUAGCAUGAGCAAAGGUUUCCAUAAGGAGGCAACCGAGUCGCACGGUUUGAUGAAGGCACAGUCUCUUCACAGCACCAGUAAUAAGCAAGCUGAAAUGGAGCUUGCAAAGACAAACCUGCGUUCUGUUUGCUCAACCCUCAAGAUUGGGGAAACUAGGCUUCUAUCCUAUGCAUUCAGCCGUCUAUACUCUCACUGCGUGGCGGAGUCCGUAGUGCGUACAAUGGAAAAGGCAAUCAACAAAACAAAUGUGGAGUUUAGAAAGGAAACUAUCGUCACUGGAUGUGCGCUAGUGACGUCUUUUGUUAGGACAAGUGAGAAGGCUAAGGUGCUGAGAGCCUUUUGGAUUUUGAUUUUAAGCGCGAGGAUGCAGAACCAUGCCAAGGAAAUCCAGGCACUGAAGGAGCAACUGAAACGCGCGCAGGAGCAAGAGGCUGCUUCAGCGGGCCGAAAGUACUCAGCAGCUCCAUGUCAUUCUUCAGCCAUACGGCCGUCUGCUGGGCCUGAGAGGGGGGAUCCAACGGCGGCAAUCGGCCUACCUCCUUCACAGGGGGGUGGCAUUCCUCUCCCCGUAGCCUAUGCUCCGCACUAUUUUCGCAAUCUGCCUUCGGCGCAGAGGCGCCGCAAUGUCUACUUCACCGCUACUCCGCCGCGCGUUCAGGAACAGUUCAUCCCCAGCACCAUUCAGAGAGCCCGGGACAUGGCGCUCAGUGAGGAAACGUUGUACCGGCCAAUUUCGCUGGCAGAAGGCUGGAAGGGAACUGGUACCAAUGGAUUGGGUAUUGGCAUGGAACCUGUUGGCACCGUCAUUGGCUCUCACGCCACUUCGCAGGGCAGCAAGCUGGAAGCUGCUAAGGGAUCACUUAAGGGCGCUCUCGGUUUGCCGCAAACUACCCCAUCGUCUCAACCCCUCACCGCUGCGGAGAGAAAUAAUGCUUACAUGGAGCAGUUACUACGCUCUAGUGAGGAGCGUACGAAGCUGCAGUAA